AUGAAUAUGUGCCGAAUGAUGAUGGUGGAGAAGUCACAUGGAUCUGACAGCCCUCGAGGAGGCCAGGAGAGGAGCCGGAGAGGCAUCCUGCGGUCCACCAAGAGAGCCUGGGCUACCCUGGAAGAGCAGCCGCCUCCAGGCUCUGAGGAGGAAGGCCAGAGUCUCCCCACACCCUCGCUAGAUGGUUCCAAACAAGAAAGUAUUCAGCGGUGGCUGGACUCCGGGUUCUUUGUCUCUGUAGAUGAAAACUUUCAGCAAGUCACCGACCACACAGUUUUUUCGCAUGAACAAGGAAUGGUCCAAAUGACUGUAAAAGACUACCUGAGAUCUCUGCACCAAUGUUCAGAAACUCCUACCCUGUCCAGAGGCACCAGCUUCAACUCAUGCCAUUCUGCUGAGAGUAUACCACAAAGCAUUCCUGAAUGGCUGGAAUUUGGGGAAAAGGAUCCAGUGGAGAUUCUCUUGGAUCUGGGGUUUGGUGCUGACGAGCCAGACAUCUGCACACAAAUUCCAGCCAGAUUCCUGGGUUGUGCCUCAGCAGCCAUAGGGAUCAAUAUCCGUGUUUUUCUUGAAGCUCAAAAGCAGCGAAUGGACACUGAGAACCCUAACUUGUAUGGCCGUUUCCGACAGCUGGAAAUCCUGGGUCAGGUGGCCAAUGCCUUCUCAUCUUUGCUGAAUGAUGUGAGCACCUGGCAGAGCAACACUGAAGAGAAAGAUGGAGAGGAAAGUGUGCAAAGAACUUCAGUGAGUGGAGCCAAAGAACAUCGAGGAAGAGAGGGGGGACUUUUCAGGAGAGCCUCAAAGCAGACCAUCAGGAGAGACGGUAGUUCAGAAGUGUCAGGGUCUCUGAAGAAGAGGGAACAUUUUUCCAGCACCCAUGCAAGACCAGGAGGGUGUGGAAUAGAGUCACCAGCCAUGACAGACAACCUCGACCAAAGUCAUUUGUCUCCUUCGGCUGAGCAUUGGUCUCUCCAAGCCUGUGAUGACUUGAUACCUUGUCGUCCUCCCAGAGCUCUCCUGAAAAGGUGCUGGCCUUACUUACCCAGGCUAGCCAAGCAGACUCCUCCUUCCUGUGGGUCUGAGUGGUCAGUCAAGGACAGAACUCAGAAAGAAAACGUGAUUCAGACUAACAAGCUCAAGAGCUUCUCUGGGGCGAUGAAAGCACCAGACUCCUUCGAACUGGAAGAGGUCCAGAGCUUUGAAGAGGAGAUUGGUGAUCACCCUGACCUGACUUCAGGAACUAAAGGUGCCACGGUGAGCAGAACAAACAGCUGCCAGUCUGACAGCAGCGGGUUUCUGGAGGAGCCACCGGACCCACCAGCCCUACAGAUGCCCUCCUUGACUGGAGGCCAGAGUCCUGCGGAGAGUGGAAGGAGAAAGCCCAGGGAUCAGAGCCAGCACUCAGGGCCACUCCAGGACUGCCAGCCAGAGGCAGGCGAGUCUCACUCUAAGAGUGCGGUGAGCACAGCUUCUUCUAGUCAAGACUGGAGUAUCUUAGAGGACAAGUCUUCAGGAGCUGUGGUGGAGAAAGAGUCUGAGCUGGAAGCCACCGGGGGACAUCCAGAACAGUUGGCCUCAGCUAUGGCCCUGGACAUGGCCAGCACUGGGGGAGAACACCCCAGGAAAGACAGCCAUCAGAGGCUGCCCCCGCCCGUGACCUGCACCCAACGUGAGGCCAGUGUCGGCACGAUGGCCUCCAGAUGUGAUAAUCCACUGACGUGUAUGGUGACCCACCUCACAGAAGGGAAGGAUGGGUUCCAGAGGCUGGAGGGAGCAGGGGGCCUGUGCGUGCAGAGCCCCCACUGUGAGCCUCAGAGUUCACCUGGAGUGGGUCACCCUCAAGACAAGUUCCUUCAUGUUGAUUCUGAGGCCCCAAGAGGAGCGGAAGGCAGUCAACUCUGUUCUGACAUCAACAACACCUUCCUGGCACAGUGUGUCCCCAAGCCCAGUGACAUCACGCCCUAUCGAGUUGACCUUAUUCAAACGCCUGAGAAGUCCAUUCCCCACCCCGAUAAGCUGUCUGGAGAUCCCACUCCUCAACUGAAGCCAAGGUGUAGUGCUUGGGGUCACAGACCACCCAGGGCAGAAUCUGAGAUGGAAACCCUUUCUUCAAAUGCUGAUUCAAGCGCUGUCAGCUCCGAGUCUGUGACAACCCAGAUGUCCUGCAACCUGGUGUCAGCUGCUCAGAAUGCCGCGGCCUUGGGGACUUAUUCUAGAAGAACAACUUUAGAAUGCACUGUGUGUGACCCUGUUAGCACAACAGACCCUGUCCUGGGGACCGAAGCCAGGCAGUUCAGGGAUGUCUCUGUUCAGACUUACUUGUGUGAGCCCAGGUGCUGGCAUCACUGCUCAGCUCCAGAAAACAAAGCCCAGCCCCUCACCAGAUCUGUCUCUCUAGACACGGGCUUCCCUAGUCCUUGUGCAGAGGACAUCUGCCAUGCUGCACCUACCCCCUGCUCUGACUGCUGUCAUCACCAUCCACAUCGCCACUGGGGCUGCAGGCAUGGCCCGUGCUCACCCAGGCACCCAGAAACCCAGUUCCUGAAGAUGCUGGAAGCCCUUCAGGGCACUGUGCUGCGGGAGCUGUGCUCUGGCACAGCCCGCGAGAUGGAAGCAAUGAGGAUGCUCUGCCAGGGCUUCCGGGAGCACUUGGAGGAAAUGGAGAAGCACCUCACAGGACAGCAGGCCCUCUUUUCCAGGGACAUGUCCGACGAGGAGAGGAAGGAGGCCGAGCAACUGCAAACCUUACGCAAGGCCCUGCGGCAGCAGGUGGAGGAGCUGGAGUUGCAGUUAGGAGACCGGGCUCGGCAGAUGAGACAAGGGAUCCUGUUGCAGCUUGAUCUGAUAGGAGAACCACCUGCAUAUGAUACAAACCUGCACUCUUUUGACUGGACAGAAGAAAAGAAGGGCCAGAUUUCACAUGCCCACAUCCACCCAGCCAUGGCCCCUGAAGCUGCCUUUCCUCCAGACGAUGGCCAGCAGACUCCCUGCUCAGGUAGGACCCAUCUGGCUGCCUUCCUCGCCCACCCCCAUCUGGGAGAGCCUCCCCGAGAUGUCUCCUCCAGCCCAGGAAGAGUUAGGUCCAGCCCCUUGGUCAAAUUGUCCUGCUGGAGAGAAAGACACCAGUGUCUCCCUCUAG